GGGGACGGCGGGACCCGCGGCCAAGCGGAGCAGCAGCCGCCGUCCUCCUCCUCGGGCUUCCUCUACCGCAGACUCAAGACGCACGAGAAGCGGGAGAUGCAGAAGGAGAUCCUCUCGGUGCUGGGGCUUCCUCACCGGCCCCGGCCCUUACACGGCCUCCAACAGCCGCAGCUCCCUGUGCUCCAGCAGCAGCAGGCUCGCGAGGAGCCCCCUCCCGGACGGCUCAAGUCCGCGCCGCUCUUCAUGCUGGAUCUGUACAACGCCCUGUCCAACGACGACGACGAGGACCGGACAUCGGACGAGGAGAGGCGGCAGCCCAGGCGCCGCGGAGGGGCCAGCGCGUCCCAGCUCCGGCAGCCGCCCCCUGGAGCUGCGCACCCCCUGAACCGUAAGAGCCUUUUGGCCCCUGGACCUGGAGGCGGCGGCGCGUCCCCAAUGACCAGCGCGCAGGACAGCGCCUUCCUCAACGACGCAGACAUGGUCAUGAGCUUUGUGAACCUGGUGGAGUACGACAAGGAGUUCUCCCCUCGCCAGCGACACCACAAAGAGUUCAAGUUCAACUUAUCCCAGAUUCCUGAGGGUGAGGCGGUGACGGCUGCAGAAUUCCGAAUCUACAAGGACUGUGUUGUGGGGAGUUUUAAAAACCAAACUUUUCUUAUCAGCAUUUAUCAAGUCUUACAGGAGCAUCAGCACAGAGACUCUGACCUAUUUUUGUUGGACACCCGCGUAGUGUGGGCCUCAGAAGAAGGCUGGCUAGAAUUUGACAUCACGGCCACAAGCAAUCUGUGGGUCGUGACCCCACAGCACAACAUGGGGCUUCAGCUGAGUGUGGUAACUCGGGAUGGACUCAGUAUCAACCCCCGAGCUGCAGGCCUGGUGGGCAGAGAUGGCCCUUAUGACAAGCAGCCUUUCAUGGUGGCCUUCUUCAAGGUGAGUGAGGUCCACGUGCGCACAACGAGAUCAGCCACAGGUCGGCGCCGACAGCAGAGUCGCAAUCGCUCUACCCAGUCGCAGGACGUAUCCCGGGUCUCCAGUGCUUCAGAUUAUAACAGCAGUGAAUUAAAAACAGCCUGUAGGAAACAUGAGCUUUAUGUGAGCUUCCAAGACCUGGGAUGGCAGGAUUGGAUUAUCGCACCCAAGGGCUAUGCUGCCAAUUACUGUGAUGGAGAAUGCUCCUUCCCACUCAACGCACACAUGAAUGCAACAAACCAUGCGAUCGUACAGACACUGGUUCACCUUAUGAAUCCUGAGUAUGUCCCCAAACCGUGCUGUGCGCCAACUAAACUAAAUGCUAUCUCAGUCCUUUACUUUGAUGACAACUCCAAUGUCAUCUUAAAAAAAUACAGGAAUAUGGUUGUAAGAGCUUGUGGAUGCCACUAACUCGAAAAACUAGUCACUGGGGACACAAAUACUGCCUUGGAUUCCUAGAUUUCAUCUGCCUUAAAAAACACGCGGAAGCACAGUGAAAGCAAGACGAUGACUUUGAAAGCAUCUCAUGCCGGUUGGUGCCUUACUACCCAAGACAGAUUUUAAAGGACCUCGUUAAUGAUUUGCCCACAUAGUAAAUAACGUGAGUAGUUGUUGGUCUGUAGGAAGCUGUUUGAAUGUCUGUAGUAUGAAGUCUGGUAACUGCAGAAACAUAACUUUGAAGGGUUUCCCCUUUACUCCCCGCAAAAAGCCUCCCGAAAGUAGUUUUAGCUUUAGAUCAAGCUAUUUGUGGUGUGAGUAAAGAAGGAAGGUAAUGUUAAAGGAGUAAGAGUAUUCUUGGCUAAAGUAUCAGCUGGUUUAGUAAUGUUUCUCAAAGAUUGAUUUUACGGACAACAGAAAUUGGGGGAAAAUGCCUCUAUUCAGAUUUCAUUCCCAGGAAGGUCAAUUUCAUAGAAGAUCAACAGCCCGGGCCAUAACCAGGGCUAUUUGGAAGUGCCUUGUCUCAGUAAUUGCUGUUACAUGUUUAUGCUGGCCUUUUGUUGGUGUGAAAAUAGAAUUAUUUUGGUUAAAACGAACCAUGUGAUUUCCACACCUCAGUCCUCCGCCACUUACUGUUUUCUUGGCUAGCAGCAAAAGCAGACUGCUCAUACUUUGAGGUCAGACUGCAAGGGGUGAGCAGCAUUUUUAAUAGCCAUCAUUUUAACCAUAUAACAUGUGAAAGAAAUUCUGCAACUCAUCUUUUUUGGAAUGGCUCUCUGAAAAGCACAUUAACUUCAGGAACGCUGGCUCUAAUCUCAUCUAUUUUAGUAAAAACGGUUCUUUGCCUUUUUCUAUACAGCAUGUCAUGUCACAGGGUGAGACCCAACAAAGGAAAUAAACUGAGGAAGGAGCUCCCAGCCUUUAGGAAUGAGUUUGGAUGGCCAUGCUGUUUAUGAACUGAAAUCAGUUUUCUUUUGUAGGAAGUGAGAACUCAGAUUAAAUCUUAGAAUAUUUUUUAAAUGUCUUUUUCACAAUCAUGUACUAAGAAACCAGUUUCAUACUAAACUGAUUAAAUAAUACAUUUAUGAUCUAUAACUGCAUACAGCUUUUUUGUAAAUAUAAACUAUAAUUUAUUGUCUAUUUUAUAUCUGUUUUGCUGUAACAUUUAAGGAAAGACCAGACUUUUUUUUUUUAAAAAAAGAGUUUAUUUAGAAAGUAUCAUAGUGUAAACAAAUUGUACCACUUUGAUUUUCUUUUAAUACAAGACUCAUGAUGCGAAGCUGAAGCCACUCAUGAGGACUGUGCUUCUCCAGAACGUUGGGAUUUUUAAAUGAACAUCUGUGAACCACAUGAUUAAUAAAGAUUUCCUUUAAGGCA